GAGUUGAACAGUGGCAUCACUGACUUCGGCUUCAAGCUUGUGCUGCAGGGCAGCCCCUCUGAUUUGAAGCUUGCCCUUCUCAGUGAGUCUGAUGCGAAUCACAAAUUGCCGCCCAGAACACCUCUCCUGCUGGUUCGAGAUGCACGGCUUGUGGAGCACGAAGGGGAGACAAAGCCAGAGAUCGGCUUCACUUUCAAGAAUGGAAAGGACAUGGUCUUCUUCACAGAGAACGGCAAGCAAACAUUGUGGAAGCUGUCGGAGCUGAUUGAGUACCGGCGCAUCAAGAGCAUUACUAGACAUGGAUCUUUCCCAGAGGGCACUUGCCCCUCAGUUUUGACACCUCAAGGACAGGAGCCACCUUCAUUCAUAGAGUGCACUGAUUUCAAUCCCAGUUCCUUUUCUUCAUUUGGAACUGCUUUGCCAGGAAAGGUGAUGGGCUUUAUGUCCAAGAGCCAGGCAAGCUCAGUGCACGUCGCACUGGCCAUUGCAAGCUCUCAUUUGCAAGUGCUUUGGGUUCUGAAGAAAUCUGAGCAGCAGAGUUUUUAA